CUGAAAAUAGAUCCAGCUGGGUUUGGUCUGGCCAUCAUCCUCCUCGCUGGCUCCUCUCUCCUCCAGUUCCCUCGGAGAAAACGGACCGUUCUCACCUAACCGGAGGAUUUACCGACGCUUUCCCUCCUUUUAACGGGAAUUUAAAGCCUCCGAUCUGCGGGAAUUUGACAGAGACCCCGUUUCUGCUGGUUAUUUCUGCCUGUGAAGCCGAAGAGAGAUGUCCGUCGCGGGAUUGAAAAAGCAGUUCCAUAAAGCCACCCAGAAAGUCAGCGAGAAGGUCGGAGGAGCAGAGGGAACCAAGCUCGACGAUGAUUUCAAAGAAAUGGAAAAGAAGGUGGACAUCACCAGCAGAGCGGUGCUGGACAUCAUGACCAAAACCACAGAGUACCUGCAGCCAAACCCAGCAUCCAGGGCCAAGCUGAGCAUGAUCAACACCAUGUCGAAGAUCCGCGGGCAGGAGAAGGGGCCCGGUUACCCGCAGGCCGAGAGCAUUCUGGGAGAUGCCAUGCUGAAGUUCGGCCGGGACCUGGGAGAAGAGUCCUGCUUCGGACUGGCGCUCUGCGAUGCCGGCGAGGCCAUGAAGGAGCUCGGGGAGGUGAAGGACGCUCUGGACAUGGAGGUCAAGCAGAACUUCAUUGACCCGCUGCAGAACCUCCACGACAAAGAUCUGAAGGAGAUCCAGCAUCACUUGAAGAAGAUGGAGGGCCGUCGCCUGGACUUCGACUACAAGAAGAAGCGUCAGGGGAAGGUCCAGGACGACGAGAUCAAACAGGCGCUGGAGAAGUUCGACGAGAGCAAAGAGAUCGCCGAGCAGAGCAUGUUCAACCUGCUGGAGAGCGACAUAGAGCAGGUGAGCCAGCUGGCAGCGCUGGUCCAGGCCCAGUUGGAGUACCACAGCCGCUCUUCGGAAAUCCUCCAGCAGCUCUCCAGCAAGAUGGAGGACAGGAUAAAAGAAGUGUCCAGCAAACCCAGGAAGGAGUACAUGCCCAAACCCAAAAUGACUCUGGAGCUCCUGCCCCCCAGCGAGAGCCACAAUGGGGGGAUUCACUCAGCCAAGUCCCCCGGAAAAUCACCAGCACCCAUGGACCAGCCCUGCUGUCGAGCACUCUACGACUUCGAGCCAGAGAACGAGGGCGAGCUGGGCUUCAAGGAGGGCGACAUCAUCACCCUGACCAAUCAGAUCGACGAGAACUGGUACGAGGGCAUGAUCAACGGCCAGUCGGGCUUCUUCCCCAUCAACUACGUGGAUAUCCUGGUCCCGCUGCCCCACUAGUCGGCGGCCCGCCGCCCGGUCCUUCCCUCUCGACCAACCCGGACACCCGUGAAACAGCCUGUAUUCGCAGAAACGACAAAAAAACCACGCCCUCCUUCUACUUCUUCUGUGCUUCUGUGCAAAUUCUGCUUUCACUAAACGGACUGAAACGAGAGAGGCGCCGGACAACCGCGAGACUUUUCAAAAAGGAGACGAGGGGGGUUGGAUGGCAGCGUGAGGGGUGCAGCUAAGGCGGACUGAGAGAGACGAGAGGGACGAAGCGAUGUGGGUCUGUUAAAGCAUGGUGCUUAGCCUGGCAGCAAUGGACACCAGUGAGGCUUUGGAGACUUGCAAAUACGGCACCGUAAUAUGUACGUGCAUGUCUGAAUGUGUGUUUCAACCUGUUCGUCCUCCGCUACGAUGAAGCCAGCACAAAUUCCUGCUCAUCAGUUCCUUACCUGACUGCUGUUUUCCUAUCCUUUUUGGCUUUCUCUGGCGGUCUCUCUGCGGUUUUUUUUCUACCUUGACUUGCCUUUUUUGUGCUUUUCUACAGCCCUUCUAUCUUUCUCUCCGUCUAGCUAGCACUGCCUUUUAGCAUGGCUCGGUAAUCUGUAGAGGCAAGUCGGUCUUGUGUUCCAGGGUCACAGCUGUACAUCAGGCCUCCCUGUUGUUGUUUUUAGAUCUAAUUCUUCUUCAGACUAACUCUCUCGGAGUCUGCGUAGAUUUUCAGUUCAGUGGCUGUACGCAUGGACCAGCCACAUCAAAGAUUUAGGUCAUUAGACAUGUAGCUUUAAGGAGUGACUACGAGAUUUAAUCUCUUGUUUUGGGUUUACCUGUCUUGAAUGGAAACUUAAGCAGAGUAUUAAAAGAGCCACAGGCGCGUUGGAGCCGUUGAAGAGGGGAUACCCUAGCGGUUGUAUUACUGCACUGCACAGCAAUGCUGCCCAGCCGCUAAAAAGGUAAAGCUUUGCAGAAAGAUGUGCACUGAGGUAAAGAGAGACUUUGUUUUUCUGUCCUUAUACGUGGAGGUGCUUGCAGAUCUGUCUCGUUCCGUGCUUUUGCAUCCAAGACUGAUCGACUGGAACUUGCUGUUGCAGAGCUUACCUUGCGUUGUUUCGACAUACAUUCAGUUUGGUUGUUGAUCCCUGCCUCACCAAAGGACACGUACCGGUUGAUGUAGGAAACAAAGUAGUUUACAGAAAGCUUUUCACCUGCAGCAGCCACGAUUUUCAGUAACCAGUUUAACAUCUGUCAGUUUUUAGAGCAGAAAAACGUUCCUGGAAAAAACAAAUCCAGUCAUUUUUAAAAGCUCGCUCAUUUUUACCACAUUCAUAAUGUCCUAGGAAAUAUUUCAUUUAACAUGAAUACACCUUUUGUAUAGCAAAUUGGCUUGUCCUUGUACCAACACUUGACAGAUGGAGUGAAAUUUCGAUUCCUGGAUUGAUGACAUUUAUUUGAGCGAGUGCACUCUAAAUACUGUCACUGACCAAUUUGGGAGCACUAAUCCUGCCCGGCUUUUACUAAAACACGACCGUCACCUUAAACCUUAUUACAUUUUGAUACAGUGACCAGUUCUUUUACCGCUGGCUCUAAUGCCAUUCUUUUGUACAUCUCCCAAAGUUACUUGCCUUAGAUGCAGGCUUAAACCCUUAAGUCCCUACUGCUGAGAUUUUUCCACUGGUGUAAAUUGCACCAAAUGUGGUCAGUUUGAAUACAAUGAUCCGACGUAGCCUGGGAUACAUUGUUACGUCUUUAACGAUGCUGGUUUGGUGGAAUCUGUGUAUUUAUGCCAAACAUUGUGCGUCUUUUCUUAGGCAACUCUUUGGUUUAUAAUCAAAAGGAUUCUGGUAUUGACGGUACAGUACACCAGGACACCAUUUUAGACUUGGUCCAGUCAAAAGAUCUUAGAUGCUACCCAAACCUUCUGGAGCAUUCUUGCAUCCUUGACCACGGAAUUAUUUGGGAAACAUUCUAAACCCGAAAUAUGAAAAUUUCGUCAAUGGUGCUCCGACAAUGUUGUUUUUAAAUAUCACAGUUUCAGUGUUGGUGGUAAAUAUUGUCCAUACUUGUAGGCGGAUACAAUAAAUGGAACGGUUGGACUGCUACUCAAUUUGUUUCUGUAUCAGCAGUGUUCUUUAUGAUUUGGUACUAAAGGUGUAAAAGAGUUUGUUGCAACUCUGUGAAAGGCAUUAUGUUGACUGUUGAAUAUACGUCCUCAAUAAUGCAGUAGUUCAUCAAGAAGUUCAAUUAUACAGGUAGUGGUGAAAAUAUGUCAAUAAGGAACCUUCUGUUCACGUAAUGGCAUCAGUUAAACAUCUGGGAUAUACUUUCUUUUUUUACUACAUCUAGAGGUUUAAGAUUAGUAGGUGUGUUCCAGAAGCCAGUUUAAAUUAAUAUGUUGCUGAUGCAUAAAUAGUCAAAGUUUGGAUUCAGCAAAAUUGCAGACAUUUUUACAUUUCUAGGAGUUUUGCUAGCAAAGAAAAAUGACCAGAGAGCCUAAAUGUGGUGCUUGUGGCUUCUUUUUGUAUCAUAUUGCUGACUUAAAACAGCUCCAAGUUUACAUUAAAAGGUUUUUAGGUCCAAUAUUUAAAACAGCAUUACUUUGGAAGUAAAAUCUCUUCUAUGCUCGUAAUAAUUACGUUUAACAAAGAAUGUCAGCAGGAAUCUGUGCUAGCAAAGCUAAUGCUAACCGUGUAAAGAGUGGCUAAUCACACUACUGUUAGCAUCUUAUUUGUAUAUUUGUGCUUUAUGAUACAGUGUUGAGCAGAGUACUCCUUGUACACUGGCUAAAAUGCUGAAUACCUCACAUUAAGUAUAACAUGAGACAAAAGUAAAUUAAAUCAUCUGGAUUAGACUGUCAGAUGGCAAUGCCUCAUUUUUAAACACUACUUGCUUUUGUCACACUUUUAUAGUUCCGUCAUAGAUUUAAAAGAGUUUAACAUUUGUAGUAGGCUAACAUUUUAAAAUAUGUGGACUUCUCAGUUCAAUUAGAAUAUUUACACAUGGAAUAAAUCAUGUGAUUCUUUUUCUAUUGGCUUUUAAAACAGACAAGUGAUUAUCUUUAAAAAUUUCAGCCACCCUGUUUCAACAACUAUUAUUUAUUUCUAAAUUUCCAGUUGAUUAAUUGAAUAUAAUAAUACAGAUGAUUGAUUUUUGUCUUCAGAAUAUUUGCAUUGUUUGACAGCUUUAUGGUUACAUUAGAGCAACAGAAGCAACUAUACCUCAUGAGUGCUUAAUCAAAAUACAUUAGAAAUAGGCAAGUGAAAAACAUGCUAUACCAGAUGAUGAAGAACUUUGAAGCUGUAAAAAACAUAUUUUAAACACAAAUGCUAAUAACUCGUAACUGCAGUGUUAAGCUAAUCGCAGAGAUGUAAUGUCAAAGAAACAUUAAACACCAUGGCAAUAAAUGAUGAUGUAACAAUAAAAUGUAAUCUAUCUAGCUAGCUAGUUGGCUAGCUAGCGCUCUAGCUAACAGUCAAAGCACAUGUGACACCGAAAUAACCCUGGGUAAUAAUCUUUUGCUGCCAUAUUCUAGCUUCUCCUUUACUGUUGCAGCUUGUUGUCGAAGAUUGGGGUCUGGAGUACAAUGUGUGUUCAGUGUAUGCAUUUUUUUUUAUUCAUUUUGUGAACUUGUGUGUCUAAAAAUCUGAUUUUCAGAGUCCGUCUGUGGAAAGUUUCUGUGCUGCAUGCAACUGAACCGCUUAAUGUGUGCUGUCCAGAAUGGCUUUCCAAACAACAAAGAAAGAAAUAAGUAACAAUACAAGAAGUGAGAAAUUUGUCUCACCAGCUUUUAUUGCUCUGUGAGGGUUAAUUUUUAAGCUUUUAACCCACGUAAGUUUUGUUCGAACAGCAUUCCUAUUUAAACUACAAAGUGCUUUAUCACUUUUUACUUUUUCGUUCAGUGUCUUAAUUUGUUUUCUCCCCGUUUUUGCCUGUUUCUGUUUUCCGUCCUUGUCGAUUUGCCCUCUAUGGCGACAUGUAUUCUAACCUCAAUGAGGGACUUGUUGUACAGUGUUUACUCUCCGUGUUCACUAUUCACCUUAGUGAGUGUCAGACCUCAGCGACUUUACUUGCCUCAGCCAAGUUUCAGCACAGUCUGCGGACUGAAGGAUCAAAAGUAGCACUAUCGGGUGUGAGCAGCGACGAGAGUAAAACGCUCAUCGUCUGUAAGCAUCAACACUUUUUUAACCCAGGAGAAAGCUGCGCGUCGAUCUUAAAAUGCAACACUUCACAUGGUGAGGUCAGAUUCUAAGACUUUCGGCUCUGCUUUGGUGUGUUCGCUUUGUUGGAGUUUUUCCACUUCAACAGUACCUAAGAGGCCUCAUAUUAAGUCCAGGCUUUUUUUCCUGGACUUUAUGACAUCAUCGUGACACAAUUUAGCAUUUAGAAAAAUGAAAAAAGAAAUACGGCUGCGUUCUACUUAGUUUAGAGAUAGGAACUCUGCGAGAGCCAUAGAAGGAAAAACAGAACAAAAACCAAGACGUACUUUCCCAAGAUCCCGACUUAUUUUUGUGAGAUUCAGCAAAAGUUUUGCAAAAAAAAACAAACAAAAGAAAAACAGUUUUGAUGUGACAAUGGGAAAGGGUUUUUCAAAGAUUAAUGACUUUUGUGAACUCCCACAAAACCUUAUGAGAUUCUGCCAAAGUUGAGAGAGAUUUACCAAAAUGACCGCAGGGACAAUGUCCAUAAGCACUUAUGCAGUUAGUCUUUACCACAGUACCCAACACAGGGAACAGCAGAAAAACUGCCUGGUUAUUGCAAGGGAUGUAGGAGUUUGUCCACAUCAGUCAUUUCUUUAAACCAAAAUCAAAUCUAUAAUUGUUUUUUUUUUUGUUUUUGUCUUCUCUCAUUCUUUGCAAACCUCCGAUUUGCUGAAUCAUUAGUGCUGAUGCAACUCUAAUGGGUCACACGAAUGAUUUCUAAUGUUCUUUGUAUAUUUUGGCACAUGUUCUAGCAGGUGGUGAUCUGUGACACAUACAAGAAAGUACAAAAAAAAUAGCUUAACGUGCCAUGCUUCUGUUGGUGGGGGUUGUGAGGCAUGUAGUGGGAGGUGGAGGUCAUAGACGCCUUAGCUUCUGCAGGAUCUCGGCAAACUUUUGUGGGAUCUAGCAAAAGCAAGUCAGGAUCUCUGAGAACUUUUUGGGAGAUCUUGCAAUACCCUUUUGACAUCUGACAAAACCCAAACCUCAGGAAUCCAGAAAAGUUCUUGUGAGACUUUUGGGGUAUUUGGCAAAAAAA